CACAUGAGUCUCGCUGCAAAAAGUGCGCAGCGCAAAGAAAGAAAAAUGGUGUACUACGACUACUGCAAGAAAAGCAAAAGCUGAGGCACAAACCAUACGAAGAACAUUAAAAAACCGCCAUCAGAAAAAGCGUUUUUAUUCUUGCAGAGCACCCUUAUGCCUCUAUAGAAUAGAAUGGAGAGAGAAUUGUACUGCGAAGUGGUUGUUAGUGUGUGAGAGGGAGAGAAAGAAAAAGGGUUUUACAGAGAGGUCUGAGCUCGAGCAGGCUCUACACCGCUCGGGCUCUACAAAGGAAUUCUGGGUCUGUGCCAACUUUUUCACCAUUUAUUUAGAGAGAGAGAGAGAGAGGUUUUAGUUAAAGAAGAAGAAGAAGAAGAAGCGAAGAUUGUUGGUGUUAUGGUUGUACAGGGUGGGGUGGCGUGUCCAUACGGAUUUUCAGGUUCUUUGUGUUUCACUGCUGAGUUAUUUGACUAAAAGAUUUUCUAUGUAACGAUACACAGUUUGAGGACAUGGCUAGGGUCCCAGAGUCAAAGGCACUUACUGGGAAAGUACCUGUUACCUUUGAGAUAUCAAAUGCACGUAUGACCUCAGUAAGAGAAUUCGGUCUGCUAUCAAAUGCACAUGACUUAAGUCAGCUAUCAAAUAUCCAAGAGUUAUCGGAUGCGCAUACAGUCUCAAAUGCACGUAUGAACUCAGUAAGAGAAUUCGGUCAGCUAUCAAAUGCACACGAGUUAGGUCACCUAUCAAAUAUCCGAGAGUUAUCAGAUGCGCGUACAGUCUCCGUAAGAGAAUUGGGUCAGUUACCGAAUGCACGCAUGGCUCCGGUGAAAGAAGUGGGUCAGACACCAAAGAUGCAUAUGGUUUUGGUAAGAGAAGAUGUGGGUAGGUCUGACACAAGAGGCUCUCAAGAUUUAGACUCACCUGUGCCUGUAAGAACAUGGAAAGGAAAAGCCUCUUUGCCUGAAGAUGAAGAACUUAUGCCUGAUGUUGUUACAUUUAAGGGCAGUGGGAAUCCAUUUGAGGAAGGUGGUCCUAGUUCUUUUUCUGGGGCUAGUCAUCCCCCUGAACCUGUUGAUACAGAUCUAAUGAAGACGGUCUAUGUACCAAUAGGUCAAAAAAAAUCCGAGGCUGGAUGCUUAAUGAAGAGCUUGUCUAUGAAGGGUCCUUUUCUAGAAGAUCUUUCAAUCCGGGUUCCACCUAAGAAACCAAGCCCAGCUGUUCUUUCACCUGCUGAAAGUUUGGUUGAAGAACCAAAUGACGUGGGUAGGUUGUCUUCACCAUUUGCAGUUCCUCGUGCAUCACAAAAUGCAGAAAACUCUCUCCUUCCCCCUGAUUCUGAGGAGAGGGAAUGUGUUUGGGAUGCUUCUUUGCCGCCAAGCGGCAAUGUAAGUCCACAUAGUAGCAUUGAUAGUACUGGUGUUGUGACAGCUAUGAGUGUUGUCAAUAGCUGUGCCAGUACAUAUCGGAGUGAUGCAAUCACUAGUGAUGGAAUGCUUAGUAUGGAGAGGAACUGUGAGAGUACAAAAGGGAGUGUUAGAGGGGAUUCACUUGAGAGUGCAAAAACUAGUGUUAGUCGAGCAAGUGAUAGUAGUGGCCUUAGUGAUGAUAGUAACUGGAGCAACAUUACUGGGAGUGCUAAUAAGCCUCAUAAAGGAAAUGAUCCUCGGUGGAAGGCUAUUCUUGCCAUUCGAGCAAGGGAUGGAUUUUUGGGCAUGAGUCAUUUUAGAUUGCUCAAGCGGCUUGGUUGUGGUGACAUUGGCAGUGUGUAUCUCUCUGAGCUGAGUGGAACUCAUUGUUAUUUUGCAAUGAAAGUGAUGGACAAGGCAUCCCUUGCUAGCAGGAAGAAAUUGACAAGGGCUCAAACAGAAAGGGAGAUUUUGCAGCUGCUGGACCAUCCAUUUCUUCCAACUUUAUAUACACAUUUUGAGACUGACAGAUUCUCCUGUUUGGUCAUGGAAUAUUGUCCGGGGGGUGAUCUCCACACUUUGAGGCAACGGCAACCUGGGAAACAUUUCUCUGAGUAUGCUGCACGAUUUUAUGCUGCAGAGGUUCUCUUGGCCCUUGAGUAUCUUCACAUGCUUGGAGUUGUCUACAGGGACUUAAAACCUGAAAAUGUGCUGGUUCGUGAUGACGGCCACAUAAUGCUUUCAGACUUCGACCUUUCCCUAAGAUGUGCUUCUUCACCGACUCUGAUAAGAACCUCAUAUGAUUCCGACCCUUCAAAACGGGCGGCUGGUGGUGCAUUUUGCGUCCAACCUGCCUGCAUUGAGCCUUCAUCGGUAUGUAUCCAGCCUGCUUGUUUUAUUCCACGGAUCUUCCCUCAGAAAAACAAGAAGAAGACCCGAAGACCUCGAACUGAACCUGGGUUGCUGUCCAGUACACUUCCAGAGCUUGUUGCGGAGCCUACCGCAGCCCGGUCUAUGUCUUUUGUUGGAACCCAUGAAUACCUAGCCCCAGAAAUCAUCAAGGGAGAAGGCCAUGGCAGUGCAGUUGAUUGGUGGACAUUUGGCAUUUUUUUGCAUGAAUUACUCUAUGGAAAAACCCCAUUCAAAGGCUCAGGCAACCGUGCCACACUGUUUAAUGUGGUUGGGCAGCAGCUCAGAUUCCAAGACUCACCAACAACCAGUUAUGCGAGUCGCGAUCUCAUCCGGGGCUUGCUGGUUAAGGAGCCACAACACCGGCUUGGGGUGAAGAGGGGUGCUACUGAGAUCAAGCAGCACCCCUUCUUUGAGGGUGUAAAUUGGGCUCUUAUACGAUGUAGCACACCCCCAGAAGUCCCAAGACCAAUGGAGACUGAACUUCCUGUGAAGUUUGGAGCAGUUGACACAAUUGGGGUUGGUAGCAACAGUAAAAGGAUGGCAGGGACAGACAUGAUGAAGUCUGGUGGUAAGUAUCUGGACUUCGAGUUCUUUUAGUUUUUGAUACAGGAUUGUCAUGCUGUGUUGUAUUACUAUCAUCAGUUAAUCCAACAUCACAUUGCUGUCUUCUGCUAAUGAACUUCACCUUACCCACCUCAUAACAUAAUAUUACCCAUCCCCCGAAUUGGAAGAUUGAUACUUCAUGUUCACGGAGGAUGAUGGAUUCCACGCCUGACAUCAAAAUCAAUUUAGAUUAUCACAAAGCUAGUAUUGUAUGUAGAGAACUCAUUUGUCUUAUUAGAGCUAAAGUUUUUUUUUUUUUUUUUGGGCAAGUUGUUGGAGCUAAUAUUAUCAGUUGCAAUCCACAUAUUAAUUUUGGGUAAA